AUGUUGCGAGUUUCGGGAUUACCGUUUUUGCCUGGAAAUACCUUUAGAGAUAUCCAUCAAAAGCAAUUCCACAAAUCGCAACAUUUCGAAAAGUACAAAGGCGAAUGCAUCCUCGCUGAGCGCCCAAAGCCCGGCAUCGGAGGUCGCCCUUUAACAACUCACGUCGAUACGCGUCAAUUCUCCUUCUAUCCUCCGCGAUACGGUCCCAAAGCUCCCGCUUGGAUUGCCAACGACAAAAAAGUCCUUUGCUUCUACGGAUAUUUCAAAGAAAUCCUUCACGACAUCGCUAAAAUCCCCUACCAAGUUCGUCGUGUAAAAAUUUUAUUUUAUUUGGAAGAUGGAAGUAUGCAAGUAAGCGAACCCCGAACUUUAAACUCGGGAAUCCCGCAAGGAUGUUUAGUUACUCGUCAAAGAAUCCCUCGGCAUCGUUCACGAAGCGAAUUUGUCGAUAUUUUGGACAUCAAAGUUGGCGAAUCGUUAAUUCUGUUUGAUCGAACUUAUUUUUUGACGGGCUGCGAUAAAUUUACGCGAUAUUAUUUGAACAAUGCGGGAAUUUCUGUGCCUGAUAACAUCGAUCCGCCUUCAGAUCCGACGGAACAGUUGAGAAUUGCGGAAAAAGCUGCUGCUUUGCCGAAGCAACCGAGUGUCACGUUUGAUAAUUUGGCGAAAUUUCUCGAAAAUGACCGUAAAGUCUUACGUUUUGCGGGUUAUUGGGACGAUCGUGACUCAGAAUUCGGUGAUGUUCAUCAUCUUGAGGUUUUGUAUCAUUUAUCUGACGAUACAAUUGAGAUAAAAUGGAAACUUCCGCCAAAUUCGGGUUACAAUUCGAACGGAAUGUUCUUGAAACGUGGCAAACUUCCGAAAAAUUUGGAUCGAUUGCCAAAACCGGGCGAAGUAGCUCCCUUCACAGUGCUGAAUGUGCUCGGAAAAGGCCUUCGCGGAGGUCGUUACAUCAUGGAUUGCUUGGAUACCGGCUCAAAUACCAUCCAAUAUUAUCACGAACGAGAUUUGCAGAUCGGAGCGGAAAUAAAUGUCCUUGGAAGACGCGUUCAUUUAACCAGCUGCGACGAAUUCACGCAAAAUUAUUACCGCAAAAAGUACGGAAUUGAAAAUUUCACGCCAGAAUACAAUCCAGCGAUCGGCAGAAAUGACAACAAACCUCCGGAACGUCAAUUGCCGCCAUUUAAUGGAUGGGGAACGCACGAAGACUCCGAAGGAAAUUGCAAAACUGUCGAACCAAAGCCGCCGCAACGUGAUUUUGUCAAGUUUUUCAAGUACGACGGCUACAUUUUACGGUUUGGCGCUCGUCUCAUAUCGAAAAUUAAGGAAAAUAACGAACGAGCUUUCAUUAUUUUGUACUAUUUGGAUGACGAUACGAUCUCGGUGUAUGAAGUCGGGCUUCGUAAUAGCGGAUUUUUGGGCGGCGAGUUCUUUAAAAGGUCCAAAAUUUACCUUCCCGGUCAAAAUUGGUUGUCAGAAACACGACCAAAGGCAUAUGCGGCGAACGAUUUCUUCUUGGGACAGAAGAUAAACUUGCGAGAUCACAUUUUUGCGGUAAUUUCUGCCGAUAAGUUUACGUUAAAUUUCAUGGAAAAGAAUCCGCAUCAAUUUAUUUUCGCCAAUAUUGAGCUGAUCAUGCAGAAAAUUCGGGAAAAUUUGCGUCCCGUGUACAAGGAUUUCAUUGCAAAGUACUUGAGUAGAGUUCAUACCGAAGAAAUUGCCGGAAAAAAUGUCUCUUUGAUCUGUUUUGAGGAUUUCAAAGAGAUGAUCAUUGAAUUGCUCGGAGCGAAUGUAGUUGAACAUGAAAUUGUCACUUUGUGUCGUCAUUUCUCCGCUGAAACAGAAGUUAAGGUGCCUUUUGAUAAAGAAGUCAUCAGAUCAGCUGUUCAUGCAGAGCUUUUCCGUGCAUUGUGGGAUGACAAGAAAAACAUUCGACCUCAUAUUUAUCAUUUGAAGCCAGAUCAUGGAGGAUGGUUGUCGCAAAAAAUGUUAAUUUCCGUGAUAAGAGCUUGUAAAUUGCCUUUUGAUAAGGCUUUGAUUGAAAAAUUGAUCUCAGUCUUGAACAAAGAUGCCGAAGGAAAUGUCGAUUUAGACGAUUUUGAGCAAUUUUUGGACCCAAUUAAGUAUCCAUCGCAUCCUGUGCCGCCCUUAAAUGUCAAACGUGACGUUCAUCAAUUCAAACCGUUUACCGUUGCGGGUAAACUCAUCGAUUGGGACGCAUUCCUUCAAGAAAUAGAUUUGGAAGAGGAUUUGAAGAAUCUUACCGGAUAA